CAUGUUUGUGUGUCUUCUUCCCUCAAGUUUUGCCAUUCUAUUCUAUCCGGACAAGGCCUGAACUGAGGCUAAGGCUGAGGCUAAGGCUAAGGCUAAAACUAAGCCUGACCCUUCUUCUUCUUCUUCUUCUUCUUCUUCUUCCUUUUACCACUAAUGUCAAAGUUUUCACUUCUGCCACUCUCAAUUUACGCUCCCACCAAUCCAACUCUUCAUGCUUCCCUCUCCGUACACCACUGAAGUCGUUUUCGACCAUGCCCAUGGAUAUUCCCGAAGCUCAUUGUCGUUUUCUCCACCACAGCCAUCUACUCACCCAUCGAACUACCUACUCUUCUUCUUCUUGGUUUCUCAGCUCAUUGAGGUUUUUGUCUCCCAGGUAUAUCUACCACAAUACUCCUGUAGGUAAUGUGUUCAGAUUUGCUCUCUGUAUAGGGAGUCGAGAUUCUUUUCGAAGAUGCCCGGUAAUGUCAAUGGAAAAAGACAUGUUAACCGCUACUUUAAAGGGAACAUGCAAGGUGGUUUUGACCAUAGAAACUGAUCUUAAAGCUGGUCAACUUCUUUAUGUUACUGGGGAUCCUAUUGCACUAGGUUGCUGGGAUCUGGAGAUGGCCGUACUAAUGUCUCCUACAGAACAUGCCAACUUAUGGAGGGCUGAAGUUGAGAUUGCUUGCGGCGUAAACUUCAAGUACAAUUAUUUAAUAAAGAGAGAUGCAUCACAUAAUGGCAUCAAUUGGAGACCUGGACCUGAAUUUUCUCUAUCAGUACCCCUACUUGUAAAACAAGGUAAGAAUAUUGUGGUGAGGGACUCAUGGAUGAGAUCAAGUACCAUGCUGCCUUCUGGACAUUCAUUGAUGUCAUGGAUUGAGGAUUCAUAUCUUCUAAUACAACCUGUAAUCUUGGAACGAGACAGAGAUGAAGAUGAGACAGUGAAACACCUGAAAAGUGAUUUGGAGUUUCCAUCCUCAAAUCAUCUGAGAAUAAAGGAUGAACUAUAUACUGAGAAUGGUACAGUCACUACUUCUUAUGAGGGCUCAAAUUCUGACAGAUCUUUCUCCGAAAGAUAUCAGCCUGUAGAGGAACCUUGGUUGCUCCAAUCACCUCUAUUAUCUACUGUCUAUGAGGAUAAGAUGGGCUUAGGUGUUUCUGAGAACUAUGAGACUAUGAAGGAUGACAUGAAAAAGUUGGAAGACCCUGGAAAGUUGUUGCAUCAGGAAGAGAAUAAUUUGAUUUUGAAGGAGUCAGCUUCUACGGAGUCAACUUCUACAAUUAUUUUGAUCAAUUCUUCAAUAUGUACCAUGCAAAGAAUUGCUGUAUUGGAAGACAGGCAGUUGGUUGAGUUGUUACUUGAACCAGUUAAAACCAAUGUUCAGUGUGAUAGCGUGUAUCUUGGGGUGGUCACAAAACUUGUUCCCCAUAUGGGUGGAGCUUUUUUGAACAUUGGGAGUUCUAGACCCUCUCUUAUGGACAUUAAACAAAAUAGGGAGCCAUUCAUAUUUCCUCCAUUUCGUCAAAGAACAACAAAACUAGAAGUUAAUGGUUCUGUGAUCGAAGCUAUUGAAGAGCAUAUGGAUGCUCAUGGAAACAAGAACACAGAACUUGAUAAUGAAGUAAUGGAUGAGAUAACAGAUGUUGUCUCUCAGGAAGACUCCGAAUCAUCUAUGCAUGAUGAUGAUGAUGACGAGGAUCACGAGACUGAAGAUGAGCUUGAUGUUUCUGAAGCUCUUGCUGACAAUAUGAAUGGUAGUAUUGUUGAUCAUGGCGAAGCAGAAGCUAAUUUUGAUGAGGAUAAUAUAAAUGGAAUAGAACUCAACAUCGGAGAAGCCAAUACUAAUUCUUUUCACGUUGGCAUAAAUGUUUCUGGCAAUUCUCAAAUGCCUAAUCUGCAAGAUAUUAAUGAUUCUAAGCAAAAAACAAAGAAGGAUUCUAGGCAAGCAGCCACUAACAAAAACAAAUGGGCUGAAGUACAGAAAGGCACAAAAGUAAUAGUACAAGUCGUCAAAGAGGGUUUGGGCACAAAAGGUCCUACACUAACUGCUUACCCAAAACUACGUAGUAGAUUCUGGGUUUUGAGUACUUGUUGCGAUAGAAUUGGAGUGUCAAAGAAAAUCUCUGGUAUGGAGCGUACACGCUUGAAAGUCAUUGCAAAAACUUUGCAGCCUCGGGGUUUUGGUCUGACUGUCAGGACAGUUGCUGCUGGUCAUACUUUAGAGGAAUUGCAGAAGGACUUGGAAGGUCUGCUCUCAACUUGGAAAAACAUUAUGGAACAUGCAAAAUCUGCUUCUCUUGCUGCAGAUGAAGGUGUUGAAGGGGCUGUUCCAGUAAUUCUGCACAGAGCAAUGGGUCAAACUCUCUCGGUUGUCCAGGAUUAUUUUAAUGAGAAGGUUGAAAGAAUGGUGGUUGACUCUGGAAGGACUUAUCAUGAGGUAUGUAAUUACCUUCAGGACAUUGCCCCAGAUCUUUGCGAUCGAGUUGAGUUACACAAAAAAGGAGUUCCUCUUUUUGAUGAAUUUAACAUUGAAGAAGAGAUCAAUAGUAUUCUUAGUAAAAGGGUUCUUCUUUCUAAAGGAGGUUCUUUAGUAAUCGAGCAAACUGAAGCAUUAGUCUCUAUCGAUGUAAAUGGUGGUCAUGUGAUGCUUGGUCAUGGAAAUUCACAGGAAAAAGCUAUUCUUGAUGUCAACCUUGCAGCUGCUAAACAAAUUGCAAGAGAGUUACGGCUGAGGGACAUUGGUGGCAUUAUUGUGGUGGAUUUUAUUGAUAUGACAGAUGAAGCAAAUAAAAGACUGGUCUAUGAAGAGGUUAAGAAAGCUGUUGAAAGAGACAGGUCAAUGGUCAAGGUCUCAGAAUUGUCGAAGCAUGGACUAAUGGAAAUUACAAGAAAGAGGGUUCGACCUAGUGUGACAUUUAUGAUUAGUGAACCGUGCAAUUGUUGUCACGGUACUGGGAGAGUAGAAGCUUUGGAGACUUCAUUCUCAAAAAUUGAGCUAGAAAUUUCUCGGUUAUUAGCAACAAAGAACAAAAAAUCAGACCCUGGAAACCCCAAAUCUUGGCCAAAAUUCAUUCUACGGGUUGAUCAACACAUGUGCGAGUACUUGACCUCCGGGAGAAGGACACGACUUGCGCACUUGAGUAGUUCCCUCAAAGUUUGGAUUCUUUUGAAGGUUGCUAGAGGCUUCACUCGAGGUGCAUUCGAAGUCAAGCCAUUUACAGAGGACAAGGAAAACGAAAAGAAGCAGCAAGGUGGUAUUUCAGCAUUACGACCUACUAAGACUAAAAAUAACCACUCUGGCAAAAAAGUAACUGUGUUUCCAGUAAAAAAGUGGAAGGGUAGUAAGAAAUGAAUGUUUCCAGACCGGCAUGUGUUCUUGGUUUCUGUACAAAAAGAGGUUACAUUUUUUGGGAUAUUGGAGGAAAAUGAAGAACAAGAACAAAAGAGAGGGGGUGUAUUCUUACCCUUAGUCUUGUUUCAUUGUUGAUAAAAUGUAAAUUUAGAUUGUAUUCAUCCAAACAGUAUUUUAGAGCUACUAAUUUGGUUUUGUAUCAGUGCUAGGUCGGGCAGUUUUGUUCUUGAGAACAAAUUUUCUUCAAUAAUUAUAAGUUUUGCUCUCUCUCAA